GUGGAUUCCCGCAGCACGAUGCAGUCUGCGUAUUCACAGCAGUGUAUUGGAAUAUUGAUUGUUUCACUGGCUUGCAGUACACUUUGCCACGUCCUCAGAGAAAAUUCUAAUCGAUUAAAUUCUUGUGCCAAUAAACAAUUCAACACAUGUUACGAUGGUGAUACAAUGGCGGCUAAAAAAUCGUCACAAAUUUUGUGUACAGGUGAAAAACAGUUCUUGACUCGAAUUUUAAAGUCAAGAGCAUUUCCACGGCUUAGAAAUGAGGAACGUGUCAGAGGGCAAAAAAUACCAAGCAUUGCUGACGAAACUAAAAUAAUUCGAGCUCUACCAAUGCAUAGAAAUAAUUAUAGCCUAUUGCGAAAACAUAAUUCAUUGUGUGCAAAGUCUCCGGAAAUCAUAUUAAAGCACCCAAAAGUAAAUCCGAGUAAAAGACUUUGGAUUAAUGAUCUUUAUUUAGAGUCAUAUUCUAACUCGUUAAAAUCAUUUCAGCGAGUAGUUUUGAGGAGUGAGCUUGAACCUAAUUACGUUUUUAACUGUCAGAUAUUUUGUCUUAGAAUAUUACCUAUUCGUAUUCCUGAUUUUUCAAAAGAAAAUCAGCAUAUUUUUUACAGUCGAAAUUUAUGGGCAGGAUUAAUGAAUGGAAAAAUUAUUCGUACAGUUUGCACAUUCAAAAAUUGUCCAUUUAGAGGCACAAGAAUAAAUAAACUUCAAACGGAUAUAGAAAGUAUUUUUCAAUCAUCACAUAGAAAUAACUUUAGUCGCUUAUUUCGAACAAUGAAAAAAAUAGACCAUGUUCGAGAAUCUAGAAGUGUAACGUAUACUUCAAUCGAAAAAUUAUUAAGCCUAAAUACGUUACCUGUACAAAAUCAAAAUAGUAAGCGUGGCUCAUAUGCCGAUGUAACUACUAUGAAUGAUGGUUUCCGACUGUAUGCUGAACAUUUAAAAAUAAUGACAAUUUUAAAAAUGCAUCGACAUUAUACGGGAUAUAAUUCGCACUCACUGAUUUUAACUUAUUUGGAAGGAAGACUAAUAUCGCCUCAUUCUGCAUGUUAUCAAUUGUUUAUUCCAACGUAUAACAGAUAUUUAAAUUACAAGGUAAACUACAGUUUAAAACACAUGAAUAUUGAAAGAAAUUUUACCAUAUUUCAAUCGGAUCUUAUACAACGAACAUUAUAUGUUCAAAAUGAUGUUAAGAAGCAUAUAUCAGAAGUAAUACAGCUUUUUAAUCGUAAUUGUAAACGCAAUUAUGUGUGGUCAUUUGUGCACAAACAAGUAAUUCAAGGACAAACUAAUUAUAUGGGAAACCGUGAGGCAAAAAUUGACAUCUUAAGGUUAGAUUUAUAUAAUAGAAGAAAAGGUGAACAUAUGCGAACAGACAAGCAAAAUAAUAAAAUCACAUAUCGCCUUGGAUCAGAAGAGACAAUUGCAGCCAAAGAACGCUUUGAUCUUCAAAUUCGUACUCAUUUCCUCCCGAAAUAUGUAAAUUGUAAAAUUUAUCAACACUCUUUACCAUUUCAUUCGUCAGAAAAUAACUGUGAGAAGAUGCAUAAAGAAAAUAUGCAAAGAAUGAGUCGAAAUAAAUUUUCCCCUGAGAAUAAUAGUCAGAAGGAAAUUGCAUGUAUGAAAAGAAUGGUGAAAAAUUAUCGGCAAAACUUUCGGAGCCCUGAUAAAAGCACAGUAUUAAUUGAAUACAAGAGAAUAAACGUUCAUCAAGAACUUGGAUGGAAAAAUUACAUUGGGUCGAUAUUCCAGUUGCAUCGCCUUACAAACAAAUCAAAAGGGGUUCAAAAUAAGGAAUUGGAGAAUAUUGAUAGCAUGUAUUCUGAACAUGGAAAGAAUACUAUCAGCAUGUGGAGUGCAUGCAAUAAAGUUUUACAAUAUUUAAUCUUGAUGGUACUCUACACGUUACAUUCAUAAUUAAUUUAUGCUGGAAAUUAUAGAUUUUAAAG